CUGAGCUAAAAUCGAUCAAUUUGCCGGUGCGUGCUUAUUGCUCUCAACGAUAUAUAAACAAAACGCCGCUGUUGCACAUGGACUACGAUGUCGUUGUUUUCUCUUUCAAGCCGGUUGCCUAUAGCCAAGUCGUUAAUUAAAAACCGUCUAAACUACUGUCAAAUUGCAAAUGCACUACGUCCCAAAAAAGCAAAGUCGACACGCAAAGAGGCACAAUACUUCUCCGAUGCCAAGAAGGUGCGCGCUGUGGGCGGCAAAGGUGGCGACGGUUGCGUCUCGUUCUUGCAGCUAUGGUGCAACGAACGGGCUGGACCCGAUGGCGGAGACGGCGGUAAUGGCGCUCACAUCAUUUUCCAGGCGUCGAACGACGUGCGUAACUUCAAUCAUGUAGGCAGCGUUCUGCGUGCCCCCGAAGGCGGCAUUGGUAGCGCCAAGGACUGUCAUGGCAAGAAUGCCAAACAUAUGGUGAUCAAAGUGCCUAUAGGCACCAUAGUGCGCAAUACAAAAGGUUUGAUUGUGGCCGAUUUGGGGCAAGCGGACUUGAUGUUUGUGGCCGCACGUGGCGGCGCCGGCGGUAAGGGGAAUCGCUUCUUCACAACCGACAAAGAGACAAGUCCCAAGGUCUGCGAGUAUGGGCCUCCUGGCGAGGAUUGCAGCUACACGCUGGAGUUGCGCAGCAUGGCCGAAGUCGGAUUGAUUGGCUUCCCCAAUGCGGGCAAGAGCACGCUGCUCAAUGCGCUAACACGUGCCAAGCCCAAGGUGGCACCUUAUGCUUUCACCACACUGCGUCCACAUCUUGGCACUGUACAGUACGAUGACCAUGUGCAGCUCACAAUUGCCGAUCUCCCCGGAUUAAUACCUGAAGCACAUCGCAAUAAAGGACUUGGUAUACAAUUUCUCAAGCACGCAGAGCGUUGCACGCUGCUGCUGUUUGUGCUGGACGCAAGUGCGCCCGAGCCGUGGCAACAAUAUGAGCAGCUUAUGCACGAGCUGGAACAGUUUGGAGGCAGUCUAGCAAGUCGCCCACAGCUGGUGGUGGCCAAUAAAAUGGAUAUGCCCGAGAGUGCAGCCAACUACGAGCAGCUGAAGCGGGAACUAAGUCAAGCCAACAUCUUGGGCAUCAGUGCCAAGAUGGGACAGAAUCUGGCGCAUCUCUUAAGUACAAUAAGAACAGUUUAUGAUCGUCACAAGGCUAAGGAGCAACAACAGUAUAGUAGUUGAAUAUUAAAUGUUA